UUAUUUCCAUUCCCAUUCUCAUUCUUGCUCAAAUCCCUUUCCCCAUUAAAAAAAACUAAACCCCUUUAAUUUACCAGAGAAUGCAGCCCACUGUUGAACACCAAAUUUCCCAUGAUUUAAGCACCAAUCUCAAUCUGACUAUAUCCAUGGAGGACGACGACCAUGAUCGCAAAAACGAAGAACAAGAAGAAGAAGGAAUAGAAAUAGAAGAAGAGGAAGAGGAAGAGUUUUCGUUUAUGGCCGCCGGCGGCAGUUCGUCGCCGAUCGCGGCGGAGGACGCCUUCCUCAACGGCCAGAUCAAGCCGGCGUUCCCGCUCCUCGCCGCCGGGGAUUUUCCGAUGCGGCCGCCGGUGGAGAAGGUGUUCGUGGAGGCCACGUCAUCUUCGGCCGGCGAGUGGUCGAACCGGAAAGCGGUCGAGGCCGGGCCGGGUCCGGAGGUCUGCAAGAAGAGCAACUCGACCGGUUUCUCGAAGAUUUGGCGGUUCAAGGAUUUGCUCGGGAGGAGCAACAGCGAUGGCAGGGACGCCUUCGUUUUCCUAAACCAGGCGCCGGAGACGUCGGCGACGGCGACGGCGACGGCGAAGAAGAAGAAGAAGAAGACGGCGGCGGCGUCGGCGCACGAGGUGUACCUGAAGAGCAAGGUGAAGGAGGAGGAGGAGCGGCGGCGGUCGUAUCUGCCGUACCGGCCGGAGUUAAUGGGGUUCUUUACGAACGUCAAUGGUGGGCUGUCCAAAAACGUACACCCGUUUUAGAGUCUAUCCUACGGUUAAGAUUAAAUUUGUUUCUUCUUUAGAAUUCUUCGAUCAACGGUUCGGAUCUGCCAAGAUCGAGUGUGUAGCUACUUUUCAAUUAAAAAAAAAAAAUGUAUUAUUACAUACAUAAAUUAAAAUUAACACGCCUCUUGAUCGAAUUUUAAUCUAUACACUUUAUAUUAAGCAUAUCAUAUCA